UUUUCGAGAGAAACAUUCAUUUUCAGGUGUCUGUAGCUAUCGUCAACAAAUGUUCCAUACGCAGCCGCCGGUAGCCCAACGCCGGAAUCGACGGCUACCUUCCGGCACUAUGGUUAGCUACGCGGAAGUAAAGAAUUACCUGUCCAAACGUGAAAUCCCCCAAUUAUUCGAAAGCCUGAUGGCUGGACUUAUGUACCACAGACCAGAAAACCACAUAGGAUAUCUCCAAAGUUGUCUUGACGAAGUGAAAACAAAUAGUGAAACCAAAAUCCACUGGAGCACAUUCGUCAACAAAAAACGAAAGUCCAAAGAAAUCUUACCCCCUUUGACCCCUAAGAAGCAAGAUUCUUUUAACUCGUCUUGGUCAGACAAUUCUAGACAAAGUACACCUUUGCCACCAAUUAGUGCAAAAACUGUUCGAACCAGAGGCUCGCCAGAUCAACAACAACAGGACUUGAGGAACACAUACAUAUUGUAUCAUAAUCCACCACCUGUACUGGCAAAACCCAAAGUACCGGUGAUUUCUGUUUUGGGAGGACUAGGUUCUAAAAUUGAUGAGUUAUGUGAGAAAGCAGUGAGCAGGUUACGUGGGGUGGUGCAUAUAUCCACUUGUUCUAUGCUUAAAACUCGUAUGACUAUUGAAGGAUUUUAUAGAGUUACUUCCAUACCAGCAUGUGCUGUUGUGGAUUCUGUAUUACAGGCUAUGUCCAUGGUGCAAAGCUCUAAUGCCUUAAUGGUGGCUGGUUUUCCAAGAAACAGAGGUGACAUCGAAGAAUAUCGCAGUAGGAGAGUUCGAAUGGAUGGUGUCGUCUUGGUUGAUUUCGAAGAAGAUGCCUUAAGAAGAUUCCUUAAGCAUGAAGUGUCCAUCGGAACACUCAGAAUUGGUGACAUAGAAAACGAGUUAGAAAAAUAUAAACAAGAUAUAAUAUCUGUCGCGGAAUAUUACGACGAGAAAGAGUUACUAACUGUUGUCGUGGGUGACCAAGAUGUGGAAGAAAUGGUUGAAGACAUCAUAAUAGCAGUUGAGAAGGUAAUUGAAAAACGAAAAGAUAUACUUGAUGACGACAAUGAUGUUUCAUCACAUGAAAGAAGUCAUGAAUGUGAAUUGGAUGGACCUUGCAAAGCUCUUCUACCAUCCCCAGAAGCAGAAGAAAGACCUUCAACUGUUGAAAUCAGAGAUGCCACUGAAGAAGAUAUAAAAGCAAUAGAGGCCGAGACAAGAAACAGCGCCAAAAAUACAGCCAAUGAUGACGUUCAAACUUUAAUGGAAGAUACAUCGAAUGCUACUGAGGGCAACGAAAGCUCUAAGGCAUCAAACAAUAAUUCAGAUCAGACUAACUUGCCCAACGAAAUUGAGAUAAGUUCCCCUGAAGAAAAUGUUUCCACCACAAGAUCAAAAAGGGAUCUAAAUCAAAGAGUACCCCUUCUAUUUGCAUUUGAGAAUAUAAGUACCGACUCAGAGAGCCUGAAAGAUUUCAUUGUAAGCGAAAAGGGUAUGUGCUUUAUAGAUUUUAAUGAGUUAGUAAGAAAUGACGACGAAAGCAGUGAGCGUUUCAACACCAGUGACUCGAUUAAUAUAUUGAAAAAAGUUCUAAAGAAAGAUUCAGUCUCUUACUCAAACGGUUUCUUCAUUUCGAAUUUUCCCUUUUUCCUGUUAAAAGAAAACAAAAUCGAAGACAUUUUUAAACUCGGAGAGGCAACCUUUAUAUGUAAAAUAAAAGAAAAAAGAGAUGAAAAAGAUUCAGAUGAAAUUUCACAAGAAGACUUGUUGUUUAAAUCACCAUUAAGCGAUAGCAUUAAAAUAAUUUUUGUCACUGAAAGUAAUCUCAUGGAGGAACUACAAUCUUUCCUACAAGAAUUGGCAAUUAACAAAACUGACGAAUCCUCGAAUGAACUCCCCGCAAAUUUGAAAUCUGAUCAAAAUUCUGAUUCUCAAGAGACGAAUUUAGGUAUAAACCAAAAUGCAUCACUUGAAAGGUCUGGUGAUAAUGAACCUACUGAACCAAAGAGUGAACUUGUUGAGACAAACAAAGAAGUAGAACCUCAACUGCAAAGUACUAAAGAAGUACUUGAUCCAAAUUUUGGGCUCGAGGAAAUAAAUCAAAAUUCAGAUAAGGAAACAACAAGCAGAGAUGAUAAUGAAGAUAGUACUUGCAAAGACGUUGAAGAUUUAAUAACUGAUGAUACCCUUUUAGACGGAGCCAAAUCAUCCGACAUAUUAGAAAAUGAAGAUGUUAACAAACAAGAAAAUUCAAAAAAUACUCUUUCUGAAACGUCCAUGGAGAGAAGCUCUUCGGCCGAAACAUUAAGAGAGAAGGCUGUCCUUGCCAGGCAGGAUCACCUAGAGAUUGACUCAGAGAGUAUCUCUAAUGCAUCAGAUAAUCAUAUAAAAGACGAAACAGGUGCAAACAAUGAAAACGACACUGAUUUGAAUUCAAGAAAUAAGCUGACACGACAAGCUACUUUUUCAUCUGGCCAAGAACCACCAACGUUAUCUAACGAUGCACAACUGCCAGAAGUAGUAAUGCAAGUUAUGAAAAAUAAUUUGGCUAGUACACAAAUAAGUAAUGCUUCAGAAUCUGAAAAAUCUAAAGAAGGUGAAAAUGACAAUAAAUCUGAAACAGCAGAAAAGAAUCCAGAUAGUGAUAAUGGUGAUAAUCUUGAGACUGGGGAAAAUAUUUCAAAUAAUAAAGAGGAUUCACUUUUAGAACUACCUGAUGCUGUAAGUGACACAGAUAAAAGUUGUCCUAAAUCUGAAGAACCAUUGAAUGAUGAGAACUCAAGUGCAAAUCUUCAUGAAAAAGAAGAAGAGGCAAAAGAAGAUAAUACAAAGAACUCGGUGGACACUUCUGAAGAAAUGGUGAAAGCUAGCACAAAUGAGGAAAAUAUGUCAGAUGCUGCCAACGAACAAAAUGAAUCUGCAUCAAUGAAAGAAACAGAUGAUAAUGAAAAUGAACCACAUGAGGAGAACGUUGCUAAUGGCUCAGACAAUGAUGAAUCAUCUCAAGUUAGCAAUCUUUCAGAUAAAACAAGUGAGAACCAAGCUAAAUCAGAGGAACAAAAUAAAAAUGAAACAAGUGUCUCGAAUGAUAACGCCAAUUCGGAUAAUAUUCAAGAAUCGGAGGAUAGGCUUAAAGAUAAAAACGACGAUGGUACAACUGUACUUGCCGAUGAAACGGGAAAACCUGAUGAAGAUUCGAUCGAAAAAGAAAAAUUAGAGAAGGAAGUUAUGUCUGAAAUAAUAAAUGUCUGGCCAAAACUUGAUGCAAAUAAAAUCAAAGAAGAAAAUUCAAUCGCUGCAAAUACUAAUAAUAAUGAAGAAAGGUUGGACAAAGAUGAAGAAUUUAAAAAUAUGCCAGAAGAAGGUAUUAAAGAUGAUACUAGUCUAAAUUCUACGACAGAGAGCGAAAAGAAAAGUGUUGAAAACUCAGAAGUAAAAAAUGACGCAGAAGAUAAUUCAGAUGAAGAGAACAACGACGAAAUAAAGCCUGAUUCUGAUACUAAUGGUAAUGAAAAUUCGGUUAAAGAACAUGAUAAUGAACUACAAUCAGAAACUGAAAACGACAAGGAAAAAACUUCUUUAGAAAACAAAGACGAUGAAACAGAAAAUGAGAAACAAAAUGAUGAUGAACUGCAAUCUAAAGCAGACAGUGACACGAAGGAAAAUUCUGAGAAUGAAAAUGGCGAGGAACCGAAAACUGAAUCUGAAAAUGCUAACGAACAAAAGUCAGAGGAAGAAAACUCGUCUGCCAACGUAAGUGAAACUGAAUUAGCCGAAAAUGCUACGGAAGAUGAUAAAGUAGAGGAAAAUGAUGCUAAAGGAAAUCACUCAGAUAGCACGAAAAACGAAGAUGAAGCUCCAAAUCAAGACUCUCAAAAAGAUGAAUCAAAUGAAGAAAAUUCUGAGACUGAAGAUCAUAAAGAGAAUGUUGAUGGAAAUUCGAAUAAAGCAAAUGAAAACGAUGAAACUAACGAUGAAAAUAAAGUUGAACCAGAAGAAACUGAAGAUACAUUGGCAAACUCGUCUGAAAAAUCUGAAAAUUUAAAAAAAUCAACAACUUCUGAACAUCAAGCAUUAUCUGGCAAUAUGCAAUUACCAGAAGUAGUAAUGCAGGCUAUGAAAAAUAAUUCCAGCAAAGCAAAUGAAAACAAAGAAACGAACGAUGAAGAUAAAGUUGAACCAGAAGAAACUGAAGAUACAUUGGCAAACUCGUCUGAAAAAUCUGAAAAUUUAGAAAAAUCAACAAACUCUGAUCAUCAAGCAUUAUCUGGCAAUUCGCAAUUACCAGAAGUAGUAAUGCAGGUUAUGAAAAAUAAUUCCAUUAAUGAACAAUUAUCAGAAACAAAAGAAAAUGGAAUCGUAAAUGCAACAACAAUUUAUAAAUCUGUCGACAAUGAUUCCGAUUCAAAUGACGAAAAGUCUAUAACUAUUGAAACAAAAGCUGAAGUUCAUGCUGCUGAUAGUCAAUCUCCCUCUUUAGAUCAACAUUCUGAGGCUAAUGAAAAGAAAAACCAGGUGAACAGCUCUGAAAAUGAAGAAGAACGUGAUACCACGAAUCAAACAGAUCUGGAAGAAGCCAUUGAAAAAGAAAAUGGUAAUGAACAUGAAGCAAUCAGUAAUGCUGAUACUGCAGAACUAUCGGCCACAACAGCUUUGGAAGAAUUAAAUAAUCUGAAUAAUGAAAGAUAUAGUGGUAAAUACCAAGAGAGAAAUGGUAGUGGCAUUUUGGGUAAUAACAGGCCAGAAGAUAACCCAGAUGCCGAGGAACCUCAAGAGAGGAGUUCCAGCAGUUCGCGUGGUGAAUUAUGAACAGUUUAGUGUUCUGGAAUGUAUGAACUGUUUUUUGUACACUGAUUUAAACAAAGAUUAAAAUGGAAGAAAACAGGAAUCUGAGUUUUGAGAGACGUGCCAAAUUUGAAUUCGAGGUUUAAAUCAAGACUUCAGAUAUUCUGUUAACAAAGUGAUAAUGCUGAUUAAAAUCUGUUCAAAGUCAAUAACUGCUUUCGCUUGAUGAAAUUUAAUGACUUUAUCAGAACAAGAGGUGUUUUCAUGACAGCCAAUGAGCUAGGACAAUUAAAAUCAGUUUUAAAACUGAUUACCAUUAAAAAUUGUUUUUUUUUAAAGAAAAAUGCUUGUCUAAACAAUCUAUAAGUGUAUUUAUUCCUGUGUGCAUAGUGUAAUUAAUUAAAAUAAAAUUGUUUAUACUA